GAUGCGCUUGUUGAGAUACUCCUCAAGUGCGAGGACUCCACGGGACAGCAAACUCUCCUCCAGGAGCAGGCUGUGGAACGGGGUGAUCGGGUUAUUUACGGUGUCAAGUUUCAUCCUGAACUGGCUCCUACCGAAGUCGCGUACUGGUCGAUCGCCAAGGCCAUGAGAGUUACAAACUCAACCAAGUCUACUGCUGGUCUCGAAGAAAGGGUUGCGGUGAACCAGCAGCCGGCCGAUCUCAUUUUCGAGCUCACAC